AUGUGGCGUGUAAAUAUGAAAAUGAAUGAGUGUGAGAGCUCUCCUGGCACUGACUUCUCUCUCUCUCUCUCCUCCUCUCUCUCUCUCUCUCCCUCUCUCUCUCUCUCCGUGUCCCCGGAGAGCAGCGCGUCGGAGAGGAGCGGCUGUAAAAACCAAAGUGGGGCAAUGAGACAAGCUGCGCCACAGCUGGCAAAUCAUCGAUUUGAGCAUCAGAAACGGGGAGGGGCGGUUCGUUUACCUGCCACCCUCUCAAAGCAGCCCUUCCUCACAUGCCGCUACUCUCCUCUCUCCUCUACUUCACCCCCGCUGCCCGCAGCGCACGGUUGCUCACAUUUCUGCGCUCCAUCCGCCGCUGCGUGCGCGCUCUGCAACUUCAACCUCCGCCUGUGCGGUUUCUACAAGACGACUUCCCCCCCACACUCCACCUCCUACUUCUCAAGCACAGGACUUUUGACUUUUUUAAAGCACUUUUUCCUCCCACAGAGCAGUCGCCUAUUUUUGGAUCUCUCGUGGUGGAGCAGUGACAAGAGGUUGCUCAACUUUUGA